CAGGACUCGUCUUUCCUACUACAUCAAUCUUCGUUCGCCGGACCAAACAGUACCUUGUAGACCUUUUCGAAGAAGCUUCCCUUUCCAUUUAGAACCCUUGUUGAAUGCGACGAGUGCUUGAACAACGGAGUCUCGCGAGGUUCUCGCAAAGGCUCAGGAACUCGGCGUACGAUUCCAACGAACGAGCGCGUUUGACAGCCAAUGAGUUCGCGAACAGUGGCCGCAAAGGACUCAACCAAAGACCGCUCUCCACGACGGCACAAUCUACCGACGUAUCUUCACAGUACAAGUCUCCUCUGAUUCAUCACGAGUCCAAUGAUUGGAGAGAUUGGUUCUCGGCGACGGAAUACGCCAAUCCAUGGGAUGCCGAGGAAUCCGGCCUGCAUACCUUGGAACACGUCCCAUUGGAUAUCGAAACUCGCCAUAUUGUACAGCUCUUGCAUGAACUCUAUCUUUUUGGACAGCCAACUACCAAUAAUCGUGUCACCACCGAGCGCUGCAAUCACACACUGAAACAUAUGUUUUCGAUACCGAUCGAAGAUCGUGCGGACCGAGCGGACGCCAUCCUUAAGCGGAUGGAACUAUUUGACAAUCUCAAACCUCCCAGUCAAUGUGGGCGUUGGCCUUUGGAAGUUCCCAGGCCAAAUCGAGAAACCUACAAUCUCGUGUUACAGAUCUUUGCGAAAACCUCAGGGACUCGCGAAUUAGCGGAACGGGCCGAAGCCAUUGUUCAAAAGAUGGAAUGGCGCUACCAAACCCUCGGUGAACUCGACAUGAAGCCGCAUGCCUUUCACUGGAACUGUGUGAUGUUGACCUAUAAGGAAUGUACUGAUUGGGACAAAUCGUUAUAUGCCGCGAAACUAGUACUGGAACGCCUACGCCAUGACCCAACCGUCUUUGAUCCUUCGUUGUUUGUCAAUUUGCUCCGAGUCUUUGCGCAUCGGCACGUUAACGAAAAAGCGGCGCUUUUAGGCGCCAACUUGGCAAUCAAAGUCUGGCAAGACAUGAUUGAAGACAACUCGUUUGAGUUGCCGGAGCUGCCUUCCCAUUUCUAUGGACACUUUCUACAGGCUAUUCGUUGCCUACCGGAAGAAAACCAAUUUCGGGCCCAAUACUUUGAUGCGUGCUUCCUUCGUGCUUGCCAGGAGGGAAAGAUCAACAGGAUUGUUUUGGACGAGUUUCUGACGCACGUGCGUUCCCGCAAAGUCUCCGAUAAGCACAUCGGUAUUUACACGAGAAAGACCUUUGCAUUGUCGAAGACUGAUGCGGUUGAUGCAAUAUUGGAAAUGAUGCCCGACUCUUGGAAAGCCAACGCGGAAGUGCCAAGUGGAUAA